UCAGAUCAGCGAGCAGCCUGACCUGCAGCCCCCUCAAACAUGAUUUCAUCUCAUCUACGAGUUUUGCUCACUGAAACUAGGCCAGCCUCUCCUUUUGAAUUCGAUUGUUUUCUGUCAUACAAGUGAAGCAGUCUUGGCAAAGUAAUGGAAUUAAUUUCUCUCCGGAGUCGCUCUUUGAGGGAAGGCUGAUCAAGUGGAUGAAAAGCGGGACGCCUUCAGAGACCGCAGUUCAUUUAUAAUGGAUAAAACAUUUUCUACAACAGGGAACACAAAUAACUGGAUGGCUCUUUAAGAACGCAACUGGUGACUUGGCGAGAUUGGCAGAAGCUAUUAAGAAGCAGUCUGUAAAAGCAUAUCCAGGCUCAGCCACAUCCAAGAAUGAAGAUCAAAUACACUCUACCCAUUGUCUUUUUUAUGGCACUUGUUAUCAUUGAGAAAGAAAACAACAUUAUCUCAAGGGUGUCAGAUAAGCUAAAGCAGACCCCUCAAACCUCUCAACAACCCAGCAGUUUGUCCAACGUACUGCUGAAGCACAGUAGUUUCCGUCUGUCAAUCAGCAAGAGGAAUGUCACGCUGAUGAAGCCGCGGGUGGAGGACUACAGCGAGCACCGAGGGGCAUUGAGAAGGGGUAGAAAACACAUUCUCCUGCUAACCACGACUAGGACAGGCUCUUCAUUUGUGGGCGAGUUUUUCAACCAGCAGGGAGAAAACAUGUUUUACCUGUUUGAGCCUCUGUGGCACGUGGAAAAGAUGUUGACUUUGGACACUGGAGGCACCAAUGCUACAGCGGCAGCCAAAGCAUACCGUGAUGUGCUCCAAAAACUCUUCCUGUGUGACUUUUCUUUGCUAGAAACCUUCAUCGACCCCCUUCCCAUGGACCACAUCACCCCAGCCCUGUUUCGCAGGGAGUCCAGCAGCUCUCUGUGUGAGAAGUCUGUCUGCAGCCCUGUUGUCAAAGGGGUUUUUGAACGAUAUCACUGUAAGACCAGACGCUGUGGUCCCCUGAACCUGACAAUGGCAUCUGAAUCCUGCCUUAAGAAAGAGCACAUUGCCAUCAAGUCGGUACGAGUGCGCCAGCUCGAGACUCUGCGUCCUUUGGCUGAGGACACACGUCUUGAUGUAAAAUUCAUCCAGCUGGUUCGCGAUCCCCGGGCUAUCUUGGCAUCACGUAUGGUGGCCUUUGCAGCCAAAUACAAGAACUGGAAGGAGUGGGCCAUGGGUGGAAAUGUUCCUAUUGACGAUGACGAGGUGAGGAAGUUAAAAGGAAAUUGCGACAAUAUCAAAAUGUCUGCCGAGUUCGGCCUCAGACAGCCAUUUUGGCUGCGCAGGCGAUACAUGCUGGUGCGGUAUGAGGACAUUGCUCGGUUCCCCAUGAAGAAAGCAACCGAGAUGUACAAGUUUACUGGAAUCCCAUUCACUCCACAAGUGAAAUCCUGGAUUCUGAAGAACACCCAGGCCUCGAAGGAGACAAGCGGAGUUUACUCUACACAGAAAAACUCAUCUGAACAAGUGGAGAAAUGGAGGUUCAAGCUUCCAUUCAAGAUAGCCCAAGUGGUACAGAGAGUUUGUGGACCAACAAUGAAGCUUUUUGGGUACAAAUUUGUGAGCAGUGAGGAAAUGCUAACAGAUAAAUCUAUCAGUCUCAUUGAGGACAAAGUGUUCAGCUUUUUAUAGAUUUUAAAAAAUGUUAACUCCAACACUUGAUGCAGAAAAUUUCAACCUUUCUAAAGCCUCUGUGAUAAAUUAUUUUUAUGAAGAUCCUGAUACAGAGUGAUAUAUUUUCUGAUAAUGUCCUAUUUAAAGUUUUUUUUACUAUUUAAAACAAUUUGACAAAGAAUAGACUGUUGAGCAGAAAAUACACAUGAAACGUUUAACUAUGAAAGCAACAGUCUGGAGUUUUGAUAAAAUCUUCACAUAGAGCACAUCUUUGUUUUUGCACUCUGCACAAUUUCUUUUCCUGUCUUACACAAAUGGUGCUUUCAGCUCGUCCUGCAAACCACUCCCAUAUUUGUUCCUUAGCAAAUAUAGAAAGUUAUUAGGGAGAGCUUUUGAGCAACAAUGAGCUGUUUCAAACAUUUCCAGGAACCUCAAUUAGUUAUUUUUGUAAAGUCACUCCUUAGCAACAUAUGCUGCUCUUAUGCCAAAGAACCUUGCAGAAACCGCUUUGUAUAGCAAUGCUCAUAUACUUGAGAGGAAAUACCAGUGUCUUGCCAGGCAACUUCACUUUCGUCAUUUAUAGGUAAUGUCCCAUGAUGAUUUAUUUAUUUGUUCCAUUUGCUAAACAGUCAUUAUGACAAAGUGUCUGAAUGUGCCCCACAGGUUCUACCCCCACUAUGCAGGGGUGUUUUUGCACAUGUAUGCUGUAGUUUUUUGUACAUGAAAAUGUGUUCAGGAAUAUAAGCACCCAUCCUGUAAAACAGACUGUAACAGUGCUACUUUAUGUUAACAUUCCAACUGCAGCUGGUUUGCAGAAUCGUGCAAAGUUUGUCAGGAGGUCUCUGUCUUUUGAAACAAGCCUCUUGGCUUUUGGUAACAGGCCUUGACGCUCUGGCCUGUCAGGCGAUUUGUUGACACAGAACCUGUUCUUUUUUUUAUUUUUGAAAAGAAAAAGCUUGUUGCAAUAAAUCUUUACAGUUGAAAAACGCUUUAUUUCUGAAGAGGACAUAUUUUUCACAUGAAAGCACUCCAUCCAGGAGUGUUCAAAUUCAAUAAAUUGUCUGAAAAAAUUUUACAUUCUGCUGACAGGAGCAUAUUGAGCAUGAGCACAUCCCAUUUUGUCAUCUUUGUCAGAUAUUUUUUAAAAAGAGGCUAAACAAUGACAGUGUAACAGGAAGCAAAUAUGGCACAUCACAGCCAUACAUACACAGAUGGUGUAAAAUAAAACAACACAGAUGGCGUAAAAUAAAACAAACACAGUAAACAGCUCUCCUGUAGAAUCCCACUUCAAUCAGUGUUAGCGGGGGUUUGCUUGUAGCUACAUCCUGUAUUUGCUUAUGUAGCAACAUUAAUUUAGCAAAGAGUGAUGAAGGAUGGACACAAGUGGACACUGAAAGAUUCUUUGCAGUCUUUAGAAAAAGAUCACAGUGAAAUCGGUGUUUUCCAGAUGGUUUCCGACAAUACUCUAACAUCUGAAGAGACUUUGCGUGGGUACAGUGGGCACAGUUGGACUGAUUGAAACUUUGACCAGAUGUUGGGGCUAAAUGAAAAAUCAAAGCAUUUAUCACGAUGGUGCCACCCAAUGUCAGGUUCAAUGUCAAGUGCAUAUAUGGUACAGAUAUCUGUGGAUAUAAGGGACAGAACAAGUCAUACCAAUAGAUAAAAAUAUGAAAAUGAA